AUGUCUCAAACUUCUCAAAUAUCUCAAAUGUCUGAGGAAGCAAAACAACAAGCUAGAGAAAAACGUUCAAAACGUAAUAGUUUCCGUCGUAUGUUUAGUUCAAAUGAUAAAGAAGAAAAAAAUAAGGAACCUAAAGAAUAUAAAGAAAAAAAUGAAAGUAGUGGAUUAUCACGUACUUUAUCAGGUAUGUUUAAAUCUGAUAAAUCUGAUAAACAUGAGCGUGAUAACCACCACAACAACGGCGAAAACAACCAAAACCGUCGCCGCAAUGAAAAUAUCGAAAGUCCAACAAAACGUAAAAAUCGACGUAGCUUUAUUUUCUUUUCUGAUGACGAAAGAGAAUCCGAAAAAAAACAAUUAACAAUAAACACGAGAGAUAUUAGUUCUUCCAUUUCGGAUGUUGAAAACAAUUCAAAACAAUCCAAAAUUAAACAAAAGAAUCGUCUCAGCGCAAACAUUGAGAAACUUUUGGGAUUGGAUGAUGUUUCGGAUGUUGAAAACAGUCCAAAACAAUCCAAAAUUAAACAAAAGAAUCGUCUCAGCGUAAACAUUGAGAAACUUUUGGGAAUAGAUGAUGAUUCUAAUAGACAUAGGAGUAAUAAUGAGUCAGAUUUAUUCCUUCCAGAAAAUGAAACUCCAAUUAGAAGUCAUAGUCGACAUAAUUCUGGACAAGAAGAAAAUGAUACUCCAGAUUCAUUAAUUUCUGAUUAUAAAUAUGAUUCUUCUACUGCUCCAACUUCUCCUGAAAGUUAUCUUGACGAAGAAAAAGAAUCCCAAAAUCAAAAUCCUGUACCUUCCAAUAUCUCAUCCUCCUCCACUGAUAGUUUCGAUAAAGUAGACACGGGAGAUAAAUCUUAUAUCGAGGUCACAACUACUGAUUAUGACCAUUAUCAAGAAAAUAAUUCUCAAGAAAUUCCUCAAGAUAAUAAUUCCCAAGAUAAUUCUCAAGAUAUUCCUCAAAAUAGCUUCCAAGAUAUUUCUCAAGAUAGCUUCCAAGAUAAUUCUCAAGACAUUCCUCAAGAAAUUUCUCAAGAAAUUUCUCAAGAUAAUGGUUUCCAAGAAAUUUCUAAAGAUAAUAACUUCCAAGAUAUUUCUCAAGAUUAUUCUCAAGAUAAUAAAUCCCAACAUAUUUCUAAAGAAAUUUCUUAUGAUAAUUUCCAAGAUAUUUCUCAAGAAAUUUCUCAAAAUAAUUCCCGAGAUAUUUCUCAUAAUUAUUCUCUAGAUAAUUCCCAAAUUAUUGUUGAGAAUACUCACAAUGAAGGAAAUGACGACGAAGAUUCAGAUAAAAAAAUUCAAGAAAUUCAAAAUAAUCAUUCUAUUCCAUCUCAUUAUCAAGAAAAAUAUGAAGAUCCUUCUUCUCCGCUCUCUCCUAUAUCUCCAAAAUAUACUUAUUCCUCUAAGACUCAAAAAAAGCCUAAAUUCGCUUUCGCUAAUACGGAUUCGGAUUCAGAUUAUGUCAACGAAAAUUAUGAAGAAAAUUCGGAUAUAAUAUUUGUUGAUAGAUUCCAUACGGUGGAAAAAGUUGUGGAGGUGGAGAAACAACAACUUCCAAAAAUUAUUGAAAAAAAGAUUAUAAUUACUCAAGAAAGUCCAGAAACUCUUCAAAAGCUUGAAGAACUUCAAACCGACAAUGAUAGUCUUAUUUCAGUCAAGAGGGAAUUAGAAUCUAAAAUUCUAGAGCAAUCCCAACAAAUAGAGAAACUUGCGUCAUUAGAAACGGUCAUGAUUCGUCAAAUGCAAUUAACCGAAAAAAUGGAAGAAACCAUGAGAAGAUUGGAAACUAGAGUUAAUGAUAAAGAAGAUUUGAAGGAAGUUACCGUACGUCAAUUAGAAUCUAAAAUAGGUGAUCAAUGUAAAGAAAUUAAUGGAUUAAGAAUAAUGAUGGAGCAGUUGUGCUCAAAAGACACCGGAAUUGCGUUUCAACGAAAAUCAGGUAUUUAUAUUAUAUUAUUAUUAUUUAUCAUCACGACGAGAUCAUUAUCAUCACUUACAGAAGAAAUCAAUUCAAACAAUGCAUUAAUUCCAUCUCGAAUAUCAACAAUGGAAAGAGUAGUGAUUACAACGACACCAAAACAAAAUUCUCAAGAAUCUUUGAAGAACACCCUUGUAAAUACAUUGGUGGUUAAGCCAUUGAUUAACACUAUUACAAUUUCCGCCUCCCUUGCUGGAUCAGUUUUCUACGCUGUUUACAUCAAACCUGUUGUUAUUAUCACUGAUGCCAUAAGAUAUGGUGGAAGUAAAUGUUUAUCGUAA